UCAUUAAAUCGAGAUAUGUCACAGAGCGGAACUCCUAAUUCUGUUACAUUUUCUUUCAUAUAAUGGUCAUUAUGGCCAAUUAAUAUGUAUAAAUUUAGAAACUGUAAGUGCUACAAGUAUUAACGAGACAUAAUUAUAUAAACUGAAACGUAAAAAACGUCAUAUUUCAAGUUCACAAAGUUGUUAACAAAAUACUUAAGACCAGCCGGCAAAGCAUCGGAUCUAUUUUGAAAGUUAAGUUCUCGUGUGCAAAUGUUUGAAAUUCGAAUAUAGAUAUAGAAAUUGAUUUAUUGAAUAUAAACGAAGGUGGCCAAAUUUGUUGUAGUAACAUGAUUGCCGUCAAAGCAGGCAUCCUGUUCCUUAGCAUAUUGUUUGUGCAUUGCGAUCGUUUGAGGCAGUUAGAGAGCAAAAUGUUUGCAAUGCAAAAAAUGACCUAUCAGGAUAUAGGUAUGCUUAGAGAAUCUGCCGAUAGAAACUUUGAGGAAUUGCAACGACUUAGUAUGAUUAUCAAUGCAUCUCUUUCACAAAUAUCACAUCCACCUACUCCAGGACAAACAUCUACUCCGGCCAGUAAGGAGGAAGAGUCUGACUCAAAAGUAACACAUUUAGAGUCACAAUUCAGGAGGCUCAAAAGAGGUUUCAAGGACCAAAAACUGUUCUUUCAUUCUUGGAAAGAAAAUUUGGGUAAUGAAGUAAAAGGUCUUCACAACAGAAUCGAAAACAUCCAAAUGCAAUCAAAUGAAAUAGCAGACAAAGUAAAUGAAACAAGCAUUGCUGUGAAUACAAUGAUGUCGUUCAUAAAAGAGGAUAUUGGGAGUAAUAUAAAGGGUUUUCAAGACAGUUUAGAAUACGUUAUGAAAUUUAAAGACACACUUGAGUUUAUUUCAAAUAAUGUAACUGAUAUUAAAGACCGUGAAGAUUUAAACACACGCAAACUAGACACUUUAUCGACAGUGAAUAAGAAUUUCAAUGAAAAAUUCACUUCGAGUCUUGAAAUCAUCAGGACUGAACAAAAAAUGUCUACAUCUGGUAAAGACGUGUUAAAUACUUGUUCUGCGGCGGUACAAAACUCAGAACAGAUUAUAAAUUUGAUGAACGCAUCUGGUGAUUUUAACACUAUAAGGUUAGUUGGUGGAUCGUCUUCUUCUGGUAGACUCGAAGUAUUCAUUAAGGGCGCUUGGGGAACAGUAUGUGAUGAUAAUUUUGGUACAAAUGAAGCUACGGUAGCCUGCAAGGCACUGGGCUUUAAACGUGGUACUUUCAGACAUAAAGCAUAUUAUGGGGAAGGUUCUGGUACUAUAUUAUUUGAUGAAGUACAAUGUAAAGGAUAUGAAAGGACUUUGUUUCAUUGUAAAAUUGACUAUGACACGUCCGAUUGUAAACAUUCGGAGGAUGUUGGUGUUUAUUGUUACAACUGAACCAGUGUUUUUUACGAACCAGAUUACUUAUAACUAAGCCAUGCAAAUGAUGCAAACAAAAAUGCAUUGUUUUAUUACAUUUUUUCUACAUUAUUAGCUCGUAUCAGGCCAAAUUAGCAAUGCACUACCGGUAUUAUAACGCCUACGGCUUCGUACGUUGUUAAAUAGACGAUAAACACCGCUCAGACCAAUAUUAUAUCUUAAAUGAAUUGUUUUUAUUGCCACAUUUCGAAACAAUACAUGUAAUCUUUUUUAGUUUUCUACAACAAUUUUAAAUGAGAUUAAAUUUUGGUUUUAAGUGUCAAGUCAAACAUUGCUCAGAUCUAAUAAAAGCUUCGAAUUAUUCUAAUUAAUAUGCACGCAUUUAUAUUUUUAUUUGGUAUGAGGUUUACAACAUUUUUGCUUCUAUUUUAAGCCUUUUUUAUUCCUAUUCAGAUCUACAUUUUAUUUUUAUCCAUAUGGCAAUAGCUUUUGAUUAAUGUUUUAUUCUGCUUUAUUAUAUUACUUUUUACGUUUUCAUAUUCUUUAUGUGCAUGUAGAUUCAAUAUUAAAUCGUCGUCUAUUUUUCUGUAGAAAACUUUGUUUUUUACUAUCAUUUCAUUCAUUUGUAAAUAGUUUCUAUAUUUUGUAUUCGUCUUGUCUAGUUAGAUUUGUACACUAUUACAGUGUGCCCAUGCCACGUGACUUUGAAGAUCAUUUUUUAUGUAGCAAAUUCACCGCUUGAUUCAUUUCUUUAAAGUCACAUUAGCUCUUUAUUUCUUUAUUUACUUUGACGAAAUAAAGUUGAGGCUACGGGAAUAGUUAUUUCUCAAAAGAUGUUUUGGUCUGAAAACGGAAAACUAUAUUUCCCUAUAGUAUGUGUCGUAAGAAAAAAGAUUGGGGAAAAAUAUUUUCUUAUUCCUAUUUAAUUUUUCUCAUGUGUAAUAGCUUCAUUAUUAUGUUGUUUACUUUUUGUUGUCUAAUUAUUUUUUAUAUGACUAUUUUCUUUAUGUACAUAAAACUUCUAUAUACAGACUUUUUCUAUUGCAAUAAUGUCCUUUUGUGCAUCACUUUUUUCUCGUGUAUAUUUUCCAUAACAUAUCGCCUCGAAUUCUGUAAAUUUGGCAAAAUUGGAUAAUUCUUAUUCCAAUUCAGCCAAACUUGAUCAGACAAUGACCUUAUAACAUUUGAAUCUUAAAUUCAUUCCUUGAAAAAUGAAAAAAAAAUAAAUAAAUAAAGCGAAUGAGUUUGUAUUGUUUCUAUAACAAUGUUUCUUCUCAUUGCUAAAAACUGAAUAUAAUUAUAACUAAAAAUAUGAGUAGGAAUCAUCAAAUUGCUUUGUUUUUGUACAUUACAACACUUGCAUGUAUCUACUUGAGAUUAUUUAUACAUUUAUAUUA